AUGAACUCCAAGGGUGCUCUGAAUCAUCCCAGUUACAGCCAGCUGAUGCAUCAGCUAAGGAUCCCCUUAUGUCAGGUAGCUUUCUGGCUGCAGCUGGGGCUAUGGGAGAUUCAUCCCUCAGGCAUCAGGUUCUGCACGGACAUGUGGAAACUCUUCCUAAUGGCAAUACUGGCAGCCAGCAUUUUGACCAUGAUCCACAGCAGCCUCCUCAAUUUCAAAUUCAUGAUCCGGAGAAUUACUGGGAAAAGUGCCCUCAUUUCCUACAAUGGGUAUGGAUGCCACUGUGGACUGGAUGGGAGAGGGCAGCCUCUGGAUAAGACAGACUGGUGCUGUCAUGCCCAUGAUUGCUGCUAUAAGGAGUUAACCAACCAGAGCUGUCACCCAUUUUUUGAUUAUUAUCAAUACUCCGUCAUCGACGAAGACGUUAUGUGCUGGAAUACAAAUAACUCCACCUGUGCAAAGCAGGCGUGUGACUGCGACCGGACAGCAGUCCUGUGUUUCAGAAAGGAAGCAAGCAGCUAUAACAAAGGAUACCGUUAUUACUUCAAUUUCUUCUGCAAAGGAUCUACCCCCAGUUGCUAA